GUUGAUUCGUGUUGUGUCAGGUGUUUAAAAUUUCUUAAAAUUAUAUCGAAGUGUGACAUUGGACUGUAAUCGUGACACUUCAGUCAGUUAUUUAAAUCGUUUUUAGUUUUGUGAAAGAUCGUCAAUUGGUAAAAACGUAAAGGCAUCUGUCAAGAGUCACGUGUAAUACUGCCCAAUAGUCGUAUUUUGCACUUAACCUUAACCUUUACUCGGUAUUGUACGAUCGUUUUCAAAUCUCAUAAAAAUUAUUUGGAAAAAGACGUUGAUGGUGUAUUUUUUAUUAGAGGAGAAAUCAAAACUUUUUAUCAAUCGUUUUUCUGAGGAUGCUAAUGACGAUCAUUUAUAUCGUAUGAUAAAAGAAAGGUUUAAAACGAAUCUGUAAAGUUAAAGUUCGAAUUAUGUGCUUUUAAACUGUGUUUACGGAAUAUUAGAUUUUUUUUGAGUUGCCAAAAAUAUUUAGUUGAAUGUUGGUAAAAUUUACACCUGGCUGAAAUGCCCAGGAUAAAAACCAAACAAGCAAGUAGCCUUUGGUUAAGGCAACGCGAAUUGGGUGUACAAUUCUCUUUGGGACAUGCUGAUCACUUUCAUAAAACUCUUUACUCCUCUAUACAACCGGUAACUUCUUGGGAUCAUGCGUUGUCUGCAGCUGCUGCUCAUGGUGGAGUUUUUAAUCUUGAAUAUUCCCCAGAUGGCUCUCUUUUGUUGGCGGCAUGCGAGAAGAAAAGUAUUUUAAUGUUUGAUCCUCUGAGGAGAAGCUUGAUCCAUGCGAUUGAUAAUGCUCAUAACGAUUGUGUUAAUUGUGUUAGGUUUUUGGACCAACGUAUGUUUGCAACAUGUUCAGACGAUAGUACCGUAGCUCUUUGGGAUGCUAGAAACUUAAAGAAUAGAAUAAGAACUCUUCAAGGUCAUUCGAAUUGGGUGAAGAAUAUAGAAUAUAGUCCCAAAGAUAAUUUACUACUAACCAGUGGUUUUGAUGGUAGCAUAUAUACUUGGGACAUUAAUAGUUUCACAGAAAAUAGUAUUCUUUAUACGCGUGUGUUCCAUACAAACGGACUGAUGCGAACCAGACUUAGUCCAGAUGCCAGUAAAAUGUUAAUAAGUACUACUUCUGGGUACCUCAUCAUUAUACACAACCUUAAAUUAAGCACUUUAACUCAGGACUUGGCAGGAUUUAGACCAAAUAUGUAUCGGUUAAUGCAAUCGUCUCAAACUACGAUACCAAACGUGGCAAGUUUCACGCAUCUCUUUUCCCAUUCUCGUACACAUAACCGAGUAGAAUUUUUAACCGAUUUCCCUGUUGGCGAUGAUGCUGAGAUAAUAUCGAGUUUGCAAGUGCACCCUCAUGGAUGGUGUGUUUUGUCUAGGAAUGUCAGUAACGGAGAAAAAUCUGAGUGGACUUGUAUUCAUGACAUACAAGAGCGUGAUGUAUCCAGCACAGCGGAUCAGGCGAAAGAAGAAGAGGAGACAACACCGCAGUUUAGCGAAAUGUCCGUAGGAGAGUUCAAUAAUUUUCAACCCCCUCGACCUUCUCGUUCGGGUAUAACAUCUUCCUUUUUAAUAGAAAGUCCAAACAACCGCGUGAGAGUUGUUCAUACUAUGGCCGAUACGAGACCGACCGCGGCUGGAUUUUCAGAUAACGCGCAAUCAACUAGGUCCCCGAGAAAUAAUUGGCAGUCAGUGUCACGUAGAGUGUCACGGUCGCAAUCGAGGAAUUCGCGUAUGGACAGAAAUGCGACAAGAGCGAAUUUCGGUUCGAUCGAAGUUAGUUCCAGUUCAAGCUCGUCUGAUUCUCGUGUAAACACGGAUAGAGACGAUAGACAGGGGGAUAGGUACAUAUACGCCGCUGAUAUUUAUGCGGCUGAUGAGAGCAUACUGGAAGAAGGUUCUGGCGAUCAAGAAAGAGAAUCAGGACAGGACUACAGGCCGAGACCAAAUGUUCACCUUAACUACUUAAGACCACGCAAUAUAAUCGACAAUUUUCCUACCGGUAAUAUAGAGUUACAUGUAAGUACGACUGACGUCUGGGAAGCACACGUAGCAAUUAGGGAAGCUAGGCUUAGAAGGGAGAGGGAUUGGCUUUCUAGAUCGAGUAACAAUACUGUCGUUAUUAUCGGUGAUAGAAUUAGGGUUCAGAAUCGGAAUAGGCUAGGCCAGCAAACAAUGUACGCUAUUCCGAGAAACCGCAUGAUCCAUCAAAAUACACCUAGAUUAACGCAUUACAUAGAGGAACCUAACGUUGGUUCCGGUUAUAUAAAAGAAUUAUGUUUCUCUGCCGAUGGCCGACUAAUAUGUUCACCGUUUGGUUACGGAGUACGUUUGCUAGGAUUUUCUGAAAAUUGUUCGGAAUUAUCUAACUGUGUUCCUCCCUACAACGAGUCUAUACAGUUAAACGAAAUAGCGAUAAACACUAGUCACUCUGGCAUUGUAGUCUGUACAAAAUUUUCUCCAAGGCAUUGUUUGCUUGUGUCAGGUUGUCUUAGUGGAAGAAUCGUUUGGCAUCAACCUGUAGUUUAGUAAAAUUAAUGUCAACUUUUCACUAUAGUCUGUCUAGAGAACGUCUUGAUGAGAUAUAUUACUUGCCUAUAUUUUCUUCUUUUUAUUUUUCACUUUUUGUUUUCUUUCUUUUUAAUGAGGUGAAUAUCGGGAAAUACGAAGAUUUUUUUAAAUAUACAGUUUUUGAUACAUUUUAUUUUUUAGCGUGUUUUAUUCUAGAUAUGAUCGAGGUUAGAAAACCCUUUGUUGACGAGAGGUAUUGGCACGCGCAGUUGAGGAGAUAUACACGUUGAACAUUUGCGUUAUUCAUUGUUCAGGCUUAUAUUUUCUUUAAUAUUUAUCAUCAUCACUGUUACUAUCACUAGAAAUAUUGAAACGUCUGAGCCGCUUUCUUGUUGAACGGAGUUCGUUUCCAUUGUCUAAAGCACUGUCGUCGUCUUCUAUCUUGUCAGGUUUAAAAUAAUAUUCAUCAUUACUACUCUCACUAUCGAACAUGUCCUUUCUGGAUCUUUUAGGCAUUGUAUAUAAGAUAUUAUAAAAAAUAUAUAAAAUAUGAAAAAAACUAGCUGAUUCGUGUGGUAAUACCAUUGAAAGACUGAAAUUCGUUUUGACUCGAUCAUCAUCCUACAUCGCGAGUUUACGUUAAUUUUCGUUCAUCAAAAACAUAGUACUAUUUAGUCUACAAUACCCAUGCGUAAAUACGCAUAAGAUUAUCGCUCAGAAAAAUAGAUGUACGCCAGAUAUUUCAAAAUAAGUGUCCGGAAUUGUAAACAAAUUCGGGCACAGCCAUAUGUCGACAUGCGUCCGCAACGGUAAAAAGAUUUGGGCGGUUAUUUGCUGACACUCGUUCGCAAAGGGUUUUAAGCUAAUUAUUUGCACGGAGCGUUUUUACUCGAAACGCGAUAAACGUGGUCAAAUAUGAGCUAUUUUAUAUUGGAAUUAUCUCUCGCUAGUGAUUUGACCCAUUUGCAUCAUGGCCCUUAUUUCAGAGGACUGAUUCCUAUUGUCGUACGCGGUUGGUUGUAGAUAGAGUAAAUGACAUCCGAAUUCUUCAUGGAUUUAUCGAAAAUUUAUUGUUCAAAACUAUUGAUAGACAAUGUUAUUUCGCAAAUAUCGCAUCGUGCAUUCUUUAUAACAGAGGAAAAAAGAAAAAAUUAUUUAUUAAAAAAAAUGAUAAGAAAUAAGAAAUUAAAUCAUAUUAUUUCUCGUGGAAUUCUUUAAAGUGGUCAAUACAAUAAACUGAUGUAGGCGAGAUGGUGACAAACGGGUCAAACGUGAACUCUCACAUCUGAAAAAUACUUGGCGACUGAAAUAAAAAGCAGUCGCAGCGCGCGGAUUAAUCCGCGCUUGGAUGCAAAUGGGUUAAAAAGGAAACAGUCAUGACGUUAUUUUAAGUACCGUUCAAUGAAAUUAAUUCAUCUUGUAUAUUUAGAAAACUGAUUACUGAAACAUUAUAUUUUUACUAACAGACGUGUAUUUCUAUUGAAAAAUUUUAAUAUCUCAAUAAGUCCACGGCAGAGUACUUCUCGUUUUAUAUCGCCAGAGAGAACGUAGGAGCAAGAAUGCAGAAAACAUUCCAUCAACUGAUCUGUAUAUUACAUACUUUCGUAGAAUAUUGGCGAUUGCAUUGCCAUUUGCAACUGAAUAUACAUUUUGCAUUUGUAUGUCUUGUUUGGCAAUAAUCGAAGGAAUGAUUGCGGUUUGCGAUCAAUUUCUGAGUCAUUGGCAAUAGUGAUGUAGGAUCUAAGGAGAGGAAAAGAGGUAAUAUGUACCAUAGAAUGAAAUUAUUAUGCAAGAAAGUCAACCUCGCUAAAAUACGUAAAUACAACGCUGAAUAUGUAACGUUGACGUUACCGUUAGUAUUAAAUUAUUUAGCCGCGUAUUGCGUGGUUAUUAAUAAGUACUCGAAAUUUUAACUAAUCAUGAGAUGAUUAUUAAAAUUGGUGUUGCUGUUUAUCGAGAGAAACGAGGCCUUCUCGCGACUGUCGUCGAAACGAAAACCACGCCGUUAAUCAACACAACUUUAAUCCACGAUGAACGACUCGAUUAAUUUUCGAGUUAUGUAAUGUAGAAAAACAAAGAAAAGAAACGGCGUUGCUCAUAGCUUCAAAGCAAACGCGAAUAUGCGGAUUGUACUAAUGAACAAAUAUUUGUAAUUUAUUUGACCCAUGUCUUUGACUAUAUAUUCAUAUACGAAGUUCAAGCGUAUUUAGAUCGAUUGUAGGAUCGAAAUGGAUAUCGCUUUUAUCGUAAACUCUGUGUUCCAUGGAACAUCUUACGCUCGUAUUGUUAAGUAGAAAAGAAAUCGUGUAACAUAUGUAAAUACAUUGUCAACUUAGGUAUAUAAUAACAAUAUAAAUGUAAUAACCAAAUACGAUAUGGUUCAUACUCGUAAGCGUCGUAUUACUUUUAAGGUUAGAGCGAAUCAAACUAAUGUUUGGAGGAAGCAGUCUGUAAAUGCUCGAAAUCGUGAAGUUUGUCAAUUUUGGUAAGUUAGAUAUAUCUGUAGUAAUAUUCAUGUUUUUACGAGGAAAUUUUAAUUUGUUUAAAAAAAUUGGAAUAUAUAGUAUAAAUUAUAAUAUAAGUAUAAAUUGAAAUAUAAUUCGACAUAGAAUCAAAUGGAUAUAUAUAUGAAAUUAAGGGUGAUAUUAAUUUUAACAAAACAAUGUUGGAGAUUAUUCAUUGGUUAGUUUUUUUUCGAGUUUUAUGGAAAUUAUUUGUUGGUUAGUUUCUUUCGAGUUUUGCCCGCGAAUUGUAAGAUAAAUAGGGCAAAUUGUUUCGCGUGCCAUUGAUGGUUACUUAAACGUGGAUUUUUGAUGAUAUGCAGACUGUGAGUGCAAAUGCAGGUUUGUAAACAAUCUUCCCUUUAAUUGGAAAAACGUGCGAAUAUCAUUGUAUUUUUGCUUAUCACGUAUUCACUUGACGAUUAUUUUCGAAUAAUCUGACUGAUCGUGGCCUGCACGCUCUUUACACAUAUUAUAACCAUACGAUCGUGUAUAAUUGUUAACGUGCUCAUUGUUUUGUAAGAUUUGUUUGUUUUCUUUUUCUAUAUAAUAAAAUGUUGCUUAAUGUCCUUCGUC